AUGUCACCUAUAUCACAGCGUUGUGAAGAUCAGUCAAAAUGCAACUCUGAUAAAGAUGUAAAUUUGCCUUCGGUUUCCAAGCUUCAAUCUGUCGUCAUCACCAACUCACGUUUCAGAGAGCGAGACAUGAGGAAAAUCGCAGUAUUAGCCCUAACAUCCUGUCUAAAAAGAGAGCGAGGCCUAUCCGCGUCAUCAUAUGACGGCAGCUGCAGCGACGGCUCUAGUGACGCUGAUAAUGCGGACGAUGUCAGCGAGAGCUCUAUUAUAUCCCAACGAUCAAAAAGAGCUGGGCGGGCAGCAGUACAAAGUUCUCUUUCUCAUAUACGGCAUAACAAAAAUACUCGUCACAGCCUCCCCUCGCAACGUCGCCUUUCCCAGACCUCAAAAAAUGAGGAGUCCCACCCCCAAAUGCCGAGGGAUCGGCAUCCCAUAUCUAGUUUACCCGAUAUAGAGACAAUUCCUAUUCGAGGUUUCCUGACACGGGAAAUACUUCUGUCGAAGGUUGUUUAUUCAAUUACCUUUGAGGAGCGAACAGAGCAUAUCUGCAUGCAGGAACCCGUUGAGGCUCUGCCAGAUUGUACACGUAAAGCUCAACGCAGAAAGUUACCUCGGCAGAAAAAGCACCAGGCUGGAAAAUCAAUUAGACCAGCUCGAGCUCUGUCCAAAGACGAUAAGCUUCUGAUCGAAUUGAAGAAAGAGAGAGGAUUAACAUCAGUCGGUUCACUACAGGUGCGGUAUUCUACACGCCUUAAGAGCCGGUGUGGUAGAAGAGAUGGUCGUUCAGCGACGAACAUCAAGACCGAACCGUCAUUAGGACAGCGAUACGGUCCGCCUCGGCGCAGGAAAACCGUCGAUCGUUAUUCUCCAGUGUGA